GAACGAACGAACGAACGAACGGAGCUGCGUGCCUUGUUGUCCCACAUUUUCAGUCGCACUUACACGACAGCGCAUACCGCAGGUGCCUGUCAAUCGUCCGUCCGUCCGCCCGGUCCGUUCGUUCGUUCGUUCGUUCGUUCGUUCGUUCUUCUCGCGGCAUAUAUCCUAGAUAUUCCGCUCUCGGAUUCGCCGUCGCCGCGCGGCGAGACCAGCAGAGUCGCGCCGUGCCUCGUCGCACGCGGUUGCACCGUCGCCGGGAGUCCUCCUGUUGCUGCUGCAGUCGACGCGACGAUGUUUCCGGAAGCGGGGGCUUUCUCAGCCGCCGCCGUCGCCGCCGUCGUCGUCGUCGUCGUCACCACCAUCGCAGGUCUGUCGCAGGUGCGUCGAACGAUAGUCCGCCGUUUCCGCUCGAUGUAAGAAGCGGGGGAGGGGGAGGGGAAGAAAAGCGGAGGCAGAUUUCGCGUCGACCAUCAGGCCGAGUCAAGCCGUCGCGAUGGAGGACGAGGACUUUGGUUUCACGAGGAGGACCGACAACGUCCUGAGGAAAGUGCACACCGUUAGCGGCGGCGAGAAGGCCGACGGCAGGGCGGCGCUUCGCGACAACGAGCGACGGAUUCGCUCUCCGUCUAAGACAUCGGAAGUCGUUGGCGGUGGUGGUGGAUCAACGAUACCAGCGCCUCCGAUCACGGCCGGAAGCGACGGCCGUGAACGCGCGUCAACCGCCGGCUCAGUCGUGGCCAACACGCCGAACAUACCGAACGUGGUGGAGUACCAUCUUAAAGUCAAGCCUAGGCCAGCUACGAGGCCCUGCCGGCUCGAUAACGUUCCCAGGGACCAGUCUCAGGAGGAGAUGAAGGAGCAGGAGAAGAAGACGAGCGCGCUGUCGGCCGUCGACGGGAACAAGGAUCUCGCUUGGAAGCUGUCGCGAUUGUCCAUCGGCAACGUCUACGAGGGCUCCACCGACCUGCCGCAGAUGUUUCAGGUGAGGUACCUCGGCUCCCACGAUGCCAGAGGCCUCUGGGGCAUCAAGCACACGAGGAAGCCGGUCGAUAACAUGGUCUCGGCCGCGAAGGCCUUGCCGACCAACACGAUGCUUCCUCUCAUCAAGCUGGUGGUCUCGCAGGGCGGAGUCACCUUGCUGCCGUUGGACAAGAGGAAGCAGGACUCGGGCUCGUCCAAGAAGUACCCGAUCGACACCAUCUCGUACGGGGUGCAGGACCUCGUGUACACCAGGGUCUUCUCCAUGAUAGUCGUCCAGGAGACGGACAAUUUACGGAGAAUCGCGCCGUUCGAGUGUCACGGUUUCGUCUGCGAGUCCAAGUACCACGCGAGGCAGCUGACGCACGCGCUCGCCACCGCCUUCGAGAUUUACUCCAGGAUCGUGCGGAGCCAGGGAAAACUGGCCGAGGCCGGCGGGAACGCAGCGAGGAAGCGCUUGGCGAUCGAUCUGAGGAGUCCCGAGGAGAUCGAGGCGGAUCUAACGACGGAUUCCGAAGCGUAGCUGCGGCGGUGUGUACAUUAGGCCGCUUUGUAAGACGAGACGGAAGUGGGAAAUUAUUUUUUUACGGGUACUCAUGCGCGACGGAAAUAUCCCUGUCUCUCGACAGGACGACACAGGCUGGAAGGGAUAUCUCUGGGUUUUCGAGAAGUGCCGCGACGUGUUCCCGUCGCGCGGCGCGACGAGCGGCGUAUUUCUACGCAGUCGAUCCGUUCAGCCGUUGCGGUGAACCUUGACGACGCCGCUUGUGUAAAGUUACUUGAAAUCGAGUCGAGAGGUGCGGAUGAUUCAACACACUCGACGUGAGUCGUGAGAUUUAAUAUAUGCAUUCUCUUCGCUUUACGCGAGCCAAGAAAUUUAUCGGCGUUUUUAGAGUGCAUUGUUAGAGUGUUGUGCGUUAGGAUGUACUUAGGCUUGUAUGCGCAUAAGCGCGUAUUUUUCUAUUUAUAAUAAUAGAAGUAAGGAAAUUAUAUCGAGUAUACUGUAAAUAGUCGCGAGUACAAUCGGGAUCUUUGCAUGGAGCUUCGUCGUCACAGGUGGAGAUUAGGUGCGUCGUUUGUCUUUUUAUCAAUAACACGGAUGCGAGACGUUUUAUAUCUCGAUCUCGUUGAGAGAGGACGACUGUUCCAAAUGCGUCUUAAAAUGUAUAGCUUUCCUUCUCCAAUUCCGAUCGCGAUGAUCUAGAGAAGAGAGAGAGAGAGAGAGAGAGUGUGCCGAUUUUUUAGAGUGCAUUUAUUUAAUAUUCAAGAUGGCGUUUGCUCCAGUUGGAAGGCGAGACGACCCUCGGGAGCCGCCGGAGCGUUGUCGCGUGGAUAUGUGUGUUCGUUUAAUUGUUGCUUCGUUAAAUAUUUUAUCGGCAUCGCGAAAAGCUGGAUGGGCCUCCGCCUGUCCGCGAGACAUGAUGGCUAGCUAUCCAAAGAUAUCGAAUAGAAAACGACGGAACGCGAUGGAGUUGCGGAUGAUGUUUUAUCGACGCGUCGCGACGACUUGUGCGAUUUCGCGGGAAUUUCUUCCUUUCUUUUGUUUCUUCUUGUUCUUGUUGCCGAUCGGCGAUCGACGAAUCGGGCGAUGAUUUUGGAUCUAUCUCUAGCCGCUUUACGUGUGCGUGUGUGUUUCUUAAGUUUAAGUCGUCGUUACUUCACGGAAGCGCGUUGCACAGGUCGGCGUCGGCGGGGUUUCGUUCAGUCGGAAGCCCUCUCUGUCGUCUUGUUCAACGCGCGUCUUUAUUUUAGUCGCUUUAGAUUAAGUUUGCGUGAAAGAGAGAAAGAGAGAGAGAGAGAGAGAGAGAGAGAGACCAAUCAAUCGAUACAUAUCAGUCGGAAUAAACGCGCUGUGUUGUCAGUUAUACGGCGGCGUCUGUCUUACCGCAAUUUUGUACAUUGCUUCGCUUUAUAGUUUGUAAGCUCUUUCUUUUCGUAGUGUUUGCGUAUCUUUGCGAUUGCACCGCUGCAUAUCGCAGCACGACGUUUCGCGCACCUUAGGUUUGGGACAUUCGUGUAAACACUCGUAUAAACGCACACACUCGUGUUAGCCUUCCCUUUAGCUGGGAGUAUUGCAAGCAUACUUGACCUGUACUUGCGUUGUUAAUCGAGCGAUAAAGCGCAUCAGCAAGAUCGAAGAUUGUGUCUCUUGGAGAACCUUUCCUCGACAGGACGACGACGCGUGUCGUCGCCUCAGCGCUUCGUAUAGAAAUCAACCCCGGCUCUUGCGUAACAUUCUUCAUUUUAUUCGACGUUAAUUACAGAAUAGAGUCGUUCGAUCAUUUCGCGCUUAAUCGUGUUAAGAACAUUUAUACAAUCUACUACUCACGACCGACCGGCCACUGUGCGCGACUUCUGUCUCGGGUCGCGACAUUCGCGACGUUUCACGCCUGACCAGUAGCUUAAGCUCCAGUUCUACGCGAGCGGGCCGAUGAGCGGUCUUCUCUACGAGAAGCAGCGGGUACGGGAUAAACACGCUAAAUGAGCUGAUCCGAUCGAUCUCGACCGCGACCGAGGCUCGCGUGACGCGCGAUCGCGACACCUCGCGCAGCGAUCUCUUCUGGACGACCUGAGGACGAGGAGUACAGCAAGCUUCAGUAGUGCCGGAACGAUCUCUCCCGAUUCAACAGUCUCGAGCUCCUCGUCGGCGGCUUCUUCGUCAGCGGACUCUGGGCCUCGGCUGCGGGAGCUUUCGUGACGCUCUCCUUCCCUCGUUCUUGGUCCGCCUCCUCCUCCUCCUCUAUUUCCUUCCCAAUCUCUUCGUUUAACGCGUAGUACUUUUCCGAUUCUUCGCACGGUAUCGAGCUCUCCGUUCGGGUGCACACGAAUGUCGCCUGCGUACGAGACCGAGAGACAUCUUAAGAAGAACUGACGCUUCAGAUCGAGCGGAAAAUAAAUAGCUAUUUCUCUCAA